UUAACCCACAUGUAACGACAUGACACACACAGUUUCUGUGUGAAAGCGAGUGUUAAAGAGAUGAAAUUAUCGAGAAAGACGGUCUAAAGCCGUGAAGCCGUCGUGAUACGCGUGUGUGUAGAAGACAGAAGAGAAAGGAGGAGUCUAGUUAACCCGUUGGCGAAGUUAGAGACCCAGAGGACCGCUCAUGCAAGGCGUGGAGAGGCAGUUGAACUUACUCCAUCUCAAUCCUGUGGCCCCAGCCGCGGCGCCCCCUCAGCCUCCUGGAGCGAAAAUGGGAACCCCGCACAAGAACUCGGUUCCCGCGGGCGCACAAGAAGGAGAAGAGGUGAGGACUCUAUUUGUCAGCGGGUUGCCGAUGGACGUCCGGUUACGUGAGCUCUAUCUUCUCUUUCGUGGCUAUGAGGUGAGUAAGACCCUACCAAUCAAGGACCAUGAGAGAGAGAGAGGGGGAGAGGAGAAGGGAGGGAGAGAAGGGAGAGGGGAAGAGGGGAGAGUUGGGGAAGGGAAAGAGAGGGGAGAGAGAGAAGGGGAGAAGGGAGGGAGAGGGGAAGAAGAGGGGAGAGUUGGGGAAAGGAAAGAGAGGGGAGGCGGUAAACUUAUUCAUCUUUUCUUGCAGCCCAUUGCCUUUGUCAGUUUCAAGAUGAGAUCUCAAGCUGAGCGUGCACUUGAAGAUCUACAGGGUGUGAGGUUUGACCCUGCAAGCUCGCAGACCCUUCGCCUCGAGUUCGCCCGAACGAACAGCCGGGUGUCGCCACGGCAACCUCCCAUGGCAACCGGUUCCCAAGGCAACAGCUCGACGACCCACCCCUCUCUCCCGUAUCAGAAGAACACGUCCGACACAAGCUGUAAGAAUGGCUCCUUCAUACCCGUCCUGCCAACUAAUCCUCCUCAGCAGCUGUCACCACAUCUCUAUGCGCCUACUGAUACCUGGCCUCAGAGAAUACCAAUGCAAGUGGCGUACCAGAGUCUCUCCCAGCUCUCCUCUCCCUCACCCACCCUCUCCCCCGCAUCCUCCUUCCCACAACUCUCCGUUCUAAACAUGAUAGAGUCAGAGAACUCGGUGAACACCCGUCUCCAUUUAAUGCCCACCAUCACCCCAAUUAGUGCUCAUCCACUCCAAAUAAUGCCAGCCUACUCUAAUUGCUGCCCACCUAUUCUAAAUGAUGCCUACCUCGUUCUAAUUAAUGCCAUCCAUUUCUAAUUAAUGCACACCUUUAUAGUACAGGGCCUGUAACGUUAUAAUCCUGUGCCUUUUUGCAGCACUGUCAGCCACAAGGAUAUGAUGCAAUCUUCCCCGUUGUAUGUUUCCCUUUAGUUUCAUGUCCAUCUGUAUGCCUCUGAAUUCGGGACAUAAUCAGGACACCUUCCUGUGAAUUUGGGACACCUCACUCAAUGAUCUUUGCUGUGAAAUCGGGACAUUUUACUCGCCGUGGUUUAGUCGUUGGAGCGGCCAGUAGAUUUAUUUGUACUUAUAGCAAUGGAGGCCGCUCCUCUGUAUGUUAUGUUGUGUGUUAUUCUCUUCCCGUAGUAUCCUGUGCAGAGCCCGAUGUAUUACACUCUAGUGCCAUCUCCAAGCCCAACACCCACGCCAGUGUCAGCAUCUCACCAGCACCACUAUCACACUCAGCACCAACCGUCCCCCUCCCUCCCUCCCUCCUCUCUCUCCUCCUCAUCUUCCUCUCCCGUCUCUUGCUCCACUCUCUUCGUGGCUAAUCUGGAACUCCACCACACCGAGGACGAAGUUGCCAAUCUAUUUGGGAAUUGUGCUGGAUUUGUGAGGGCUAAACUGUUCACUAGAGGUGGACCUCCUGUGGCAUUUGUGGAAUUCAAGAACGUUGAGUGUGCCUCAAGUGCCAUGGAAAAGAUUCAAGGGUACAUUCUGCCCAACUCGAAGAGAGUGAACGGUCUCAGAAUUGAAUAUGCCAGACAGAAAAUGGGAGAGCAGUUCAGAAGUCCCACCACGGCCGAAGCUGUCUCCGUAGCAACGGUAUCUGCCAUUACAUCGUCCCCCUCGGCAUCACCUCCCAUUCAGAACAUCUAUUCCAGCCAACACUACCAACAACAACGUCAAAUGGCGCUAUCAAACGGUGGACACAUAUCAUCAAAUUCGUCCUCCUGUUCUUCGAGUACUUCAGAACUACAACAUCAUCAUCAGAAUCAGCAGCAAGUUGCGCAGCCGGCUCCGCAGGUCUGGGCACUGCAUAGCGGGUCCCCCGUCCCCAUGCCAUACCAUCACGGGAAUGGGUACGGGACCCAGCCACAGAUGCUCACAGUAAACGGAUAUCCAAAUCAGUACAUCAGCCCGUGGCCUUUGAAGUAUAACUGAGCGCUUCAAUAGCAACCAGGCAAACAAGAAAGAGAGCGAAACUAGAGGGAGGGGAGGAAAAUAUUUGGUAAAACGUAGCUUGUUAAUCUAUUUAUUUGCGCACUGUUUCCGUUUCAUUCAGAGCAUACUCCUUAUAAUCAUUAACACAAGUCAUUCGUUGUUUUAGUAUAAUUUACCCCCCCAGGUGUUGUAAAGAACUGUUUUUAGAUUUUAAUUAACUACUGGUAUAUAAUUAUUAUUUGUGUCAAAAUUGCAAUGCACUUCUCAUCAUCUUCAUACAAAGCAUGCAUCAGUUGUUUAAAAUUAAUAUACAAUUGUAAAAUACAAUUUUCAAAAAUAAUUAUUAUAACAUCCACUCUUGAAAACUAUACGUUAACUAGCAUGUAAUACACAGAGCAAGAAAAAAAAAUACCGACAGCCCAUCAAUUCGGCAACAAAAUUUAAGGACAGAUGUUUAUAUAGUCUGUUGUGUGUGUGGAGACAGUCUGAAAUUAUUUUGAAGACGUAACGUUUUUCGGCGGUUUUUAUCUCAUCUGCGUGAGGCAUUUGUUGAGCAUUUCGAGUAUUUGUGCAAAAGUUGGGCGUUCCUCGGCUUCGUACUGCCAACACUGGGUCAUUAUGGCGUGGACGUCGCUGGGGCAGUCUGCAGGCGGGCCCAUUCUGUACCCGACCUCAACCUAUUGCGAGCCUCCUGGUUGUUCAUCCCAGGAUAAGGAGCAGAUCCACA